GUUGAAAAAGUUCUUGAAGAACUUCCUGUGGGUUCUGCAGGAAAACCCGUCCUGAAGAAGCUGCUCAGGAGUGAUCAGUGGGAAAAGCUCCAAAACAUCAACGAGGUUCUGUCGUCGGAGUACGAGAGUCGCCGCAGGAUGUUGAUCAAGCGUCUGGACGUCACCGUUCAGUCGUUCGGCUGGUCGGACAGAGCUAAGGUAAAGGUGGACAGCAUGGCGAGCGCCUACCAGCCUAAGAGACACACUCUGAGGCCCGAGUCCUCCGUGGACAUGGCCGACCUGCUGGCGGCCAGAGAGGAUCUCUGCAACGUGGUGAAGACCAGCAGCGGCUCCAGCAGGAGGAAGACUUCCUGUGCGGUCAACAAGGUUCUAAUGGGAAGAGUGCCUGACCGAGGAGGACGACCUGCCGAGAUAACGCCACCACCACCGGAGAUGCCGCCCUGGCAGAAAAGACAAGAUGGAGGACGGGGGGGAGGGUGGGGCCAAGGAGGACGGGGAGGCGGAUGGGGAGGCGGUUGGAGAGGAGGACACGGCGGACAUGGAGGUUAUGGAGGACACGGCGGGAAGAGGGGACGAUACCAGUAUUAGCAUCAGUGUUUUUUACAGCAAAACUGACAAAGUUUUAAACACAAAAAGCAAUUUUACCUCACAAAGUGUUCAAGCAGGAAGUAGACUAGGAUACGAGGAGUCGAGGGUUCGAUUCCCUGGAGAGAAAUAACAGUUGCCAGCAUGUAAUGUGGGUUCUACAGCAAUACCCUUCACGCUACUGCCUAACCAUGACUCUUCCUCAUUUUUUAGUUACUUUAGUCAUUUAAAAGUGGACUAAUGAAAACUUAUCUUUCAUUUUUUAAAAUGAUUUUAUAAAUCCUGCAUUUUUUUUUUUUUGGUUUUCUUCAACUAAACCAACAAUUUAAGUGAUGGUGAGUAAUUUAUAGCUUCUCUGAAACCUGGAUUAUAGAAAAAAAAAACACAUUUUAAGCUUUUAAUUUAAAUGUAAUGUUAUUUUUAAAUAUAAAAAAAUGACUGCAUUGAAUUGAAACAGUCUCCUUUUACAAACACUAAAAAAAUGUUUCAUUUUUGCUUUUAAAAUAAAAAGAAAUGUGAUUAUAAGGUGGAUGUAAUGACAAACAUGUACCACAAGGGGGCGUACAAGUACAAAAGAAGCAACAUUUCUCCAAAUGUUUAUUCAUGGCCUAUCAUUUUCUUCUUUAAUAAGAAGUAACAUGUUUUUUUAUUACAGUUUAUACAGUAACCAAUAGUUAUUAAAGCAGAAUUUUACAAAGUUUACAUUAUAAACAGCAUUCCUGUACAUACAAUUUAAAAACAAAAGCUUUUUUUUUCUCCUGUUUCCACAAAUCUUUUAUAAAAUUGAUGCAAAAAAAAGAAAAAGUUCAUGAAAAAUCUGCCAGAAAACAUUUGGAUGAAAAGAAAUCAGAAUUAAAUUACCGGUUUAGGAGACGAUAGUGUUUGUAAACAUAGUUUUUGUGCAGAUUUUGUUCUUUUUAUUCCUAUUUACAGCUGUGGUAAAUAAAUCCAGACGUUAAAAGCGUUCAUUAAUACCAUGGACAGCGUUUAAGAGUAAAAAUCUGCUCAAAGCAGCACGCGGCUAUUUCUGCAGCUGCUCCCUCAUAAAUCGACUGAGUUAACGCCACACUUUUUUAGCUCUGCAAUUGUUCCUUUAAAUAAAGUUUUCCUUCGUACUCUGCCCACAUCCAGAAAGCCGUAAAAUAAUAGCUUUAAAAGUUUGAACGCUCAGAUAAAGCUUUCCAGUUAAGAGUCAAAAUGUGCAACACAUCACUCCAUCACAGUCCCAUCAGUGCAGGGUGGAGCUCCAACAGUCCAUCCUUCAGCAAAUCUUUGUGCUUCAAAUAAACUGUUUUUAAUGUAAACUGACUUUUUUUUAAAAAGAGAAAAGCAAAUCUAAUAUUAGUAAAUAUAGAGUCAUA